GGCUGAAGAAAAUAAAGGAGGAGGGCGCUUUAAAAAUAUAUAUUAUUUUUAAAGAAGCCGGAAGUGGGAUUUUCAGAGCUGGAUCGAGAAUAAUGGAGAAGAAAGUGAGCCGAAUCUGUGCUGUUUCUGAUCCAGGCAGAACAUACUUUCUGCAAAUAGCUUGGGGAGAAGAUUUCGGGACUGGAUUUGAUGUUAUACUCAGUGACGGCCAAUCAGCUUGGGCUGGGAGAGUGUCUGAAGAAGAGAUUUCCAAGGAGGCUGUUGACAUGGAAAUGGAGCGCGAGAAAUAUAUUGAAGAGCUAAGAAAAGUGUUGUUGUUCAGAGAAGGGGUGACGGAUAUAUAUAAAUUUGAUAUUUCUAAAGGAGUGGGAAAUGGAGAGUGCCUUCAUUUUUCUUAUGAAAAGAAUCUGAAAGACGUUUCUUUCAGGCUUGGAUCAUUGACACUACAAAAAGUCUCAAGCCCAGCUGAAGUAAUCAGCGAGCUGAUUAGCUAUUGCUUAGAGUGCAUGGUGGGACUGCAUGCCAAAAAUGAGCAGCUGCAAAAAGAAAAUGAAAGACAUCUAAGUGAUCUGAAUGACACGCAGGAGCAGUUACUAAAAUGUGUUGAAGCUAAAGAACAACUGGAGACUGACCUUUAUCAACGAUUUGUCUUGGUUCUCAAUGAAAAGAAGGCAAAGAUAAGAAGCUUACUGAAACAUUUAGCUGAAGCUGAGGAAGCUGUAGUGAAAACGACACAAGCAAGCAACACUGUGGCUACAUCUGAAAGUAAAGUUGAAAUAGACGAUUAUGAUCAAAGCACAGAUGAAGAAAGUGAAAAUUUGAUACAGCCUUCCACAUCAGUCUCAGCUAAACCAAGAAGGGACUCAUUACUUAGCCCAGAUAUUAUAGAUGUUGCACCAAGUAGAAAGAGAAGACAACGAACACGAAAAGUUGCAAGUACAGAACCAAAGAUGGCAUUGUAUGAGAAACAAAUCGCAGCAAAUGCAAAACUUCAUUCUGUUUCACCAAAAUCAUCAGACACCGACUUGUCAUCAAAAGGAAUGCCUUCCGAGGCAGAAAACAUCGCUGGUGAUCCCGAAGACCUCUUUGAUGAUAUCUGAUCAAUCUGGAAGAAGACUGUGGCUUCACUAUAAUUUGUUAAACUCAAAUUACUUAUCUGCCUAUUCCAAAGAAAUCAUUUUACAAAGGUCGGGGAGAGGAUUACAUGUACUUUAGGAUAACUAUUAACAAUGGUUUAUCUUUUUCUAAUAAAGUUUUUGCAUGUGAUCCCCCUAGUGGUCGAUGU